GUGUUUUUCCUCCACCUCCUCAUCCAGAGUGCAGAAUAAUAAACAUCACACACUUUUGUUCGACGACGACGAAAUCCACCGCAGAAAAGUUGAAAUUCCUGCAAGAAUAAUCGAAAAGUUGGUGGAAGUGAACAUAUUUUCCGCGUUAAGAAUCGAAGUGUUUCAGAUUCGGUAUCGAAUAGUUUAAAAGACCAGCUUCCGAACGCUGCCAUCGGUAUUUCGCAGCAGCAGCUUCGAGAACGCAGGUUUCUCUCCCAUCCAAUGGGUGGUUGAAGUACACGUCGCAUUUGCAGUUAUUGGAAGUAAUUGGGGGGAAGCCGGAAGAUGAAGGCGGGUUGGGUUCUGUUCGGGGCGUUUCUCAUCCUGGCCGGAGAGGUGUGGAGCGAGUUGGAACCUCCACAGGGACCACAGGAGACGAGCGCUUCCGGAUCCGUAAGUAGUAAAAAGCGCGAUGCUGAAGCAGAGGAGGAGACAGGUGAGGUGAAGGACGGUUCGAACCAGAGGAAAUCGGCGGAAGGUUUGCUGGAGGAGCUGGUUCUGGAGCAGUCCGGGAAGAAAGGGAACGAAAAGGCCGAGUUUGACGGCUUCAGCGAUGAGUUGCACUUUAUGCGUUCGACGAUCAAGAUUGUGAAGGCACCGGAUUUAUCGCAGGAUAAGGAAAGCAGGAAGAUGUCGGAGAUGUUGAACGAGCUGCUCGAUAGUCACGAGCGGAUGAUCCAGAAGAUCGAGAGCGAGAUCGACGAGAUCAAUCGGCUUUCGCCGGAGGACGAAGGGGAAGUAGUGUUGAGUCCGGAACAGUUGGAAGCCCAGGAAGCAUUCGAUAGGGCGAUGGUAGUGCUCAACAGGACCAAGGUAGACAAGCUGCAGGGCCAUAAGUUGAUGGUGGAGGCGGCCAAUAAGGGUCAUCCACUGGCAAGGAGUCACGUGGCUUGGGCUCAGCUGCUUGGUCAUCCGGUGCACAUGGACACGGAGGCUGCGAAGAAGACGUUCUUGGAACUCGCCGAAGAAGGACUCCCCGAAGCUCAGAUGGGCCUAGGGUUUAUGUACGCAACGGGAAUCGGAUUCAACGUGAGUCAGGCCAAGGCCCUCGUUUACUACACUAUGGCAGCCCUGGGGGAUAAUUCGUGGGCUCAGAUGGCCCUCGGUUAUCGGUCCUGGGCCGGAGUAGGAGUGCCGAACAGUUGCGAAACGGCGUUGGAUUUCUACAGGAAAGUAGCCACGAAGGUGGCCAAUCAGGUGACGUUUGCAGGAGGACUAGCUGUCCACCGAAUCCGGCUGCUGGAUGAGAUCGAAAACACGGGCCCAAGUUCCGGAAUCUUGGAUAACGACUUGAUCGAUUACUACCAACUGCUCGCGGAUAAAGGAGACGUGCAGGCUCAGGUGGGAUUAGGGCAGCUGCACUAUCAAGGCGGUCGCGGCAUCUCGCUGGAUCACCAAAAAGCUUUGCAGUACUUCAGUCAAGCUGCGAAUGCGGGCAAUGCCGUGGCCAUGGCUUAUCUGGGCAAGAUCUACCUGGAAGGAAGCGACAACAUCAAAGCGGAUAAUGACACCGCAUUCAAGUACUUCAAGAAGGCCGCAGAUCUGGGAAAUCCAGUUGGACAGUCCGGAUUGGGCGUCAUGUAUCUUCACGGCAAAGGAGUCCCCAAGGACACCGUCAAAGCGCUGAAGUUCUUCACGCAAGCUGCCGACCAGGGUUGGGUCGAUGGCCAGCUGCAGCUCGGAAACAUGUACUUCAGUGGCAUCGGCGUGAAGAGGGACUUCAAGAUGGCCAACAAGUAUUUCAACCUAGCGUCGCAAUCGGGUCACGUGUUGGCCUUCUACAACCUGGGUCAGAUGCACGCCGUGGGCCUCGGAAUGAUGCGUUCCUGUCCCACUGCCGUCGAACUGUUCAAAAACGUGGCCGAGAGGGGGAAGUGGGCGGAAAGGUUGAUGUCUGCCUACAACGACUAUCGGUCCUACCGGUUCGAGGAAGCCUUCAUGCAGUACACUCUGAUGUCCGAGUUGGGCUACGAGGUGGCCCAGAGCAAUGCCGCGUUCCUGCUGGACCGAGGGGAAAUCAAUCUGUUCCAGAACCGCGACGAAGAGCUGAUACGGGCGCUGCAAUUCUGGGGGCGAGCCGCAGCUCAGGGCUAUUCGGCCGCGCAGGUCAAGCUGGGCGAUUACCACUACUAUGGACUGGGCACGAGCGUCGACUUCGAGACAGCUGCUUCCCACUACCGAAUGGCUUCGGACCAGCAGCACAACGCACAAGCGAUGUUCAACCUCGGUUACAUGCACGAACAGGGACUGGGCAUGAAGAAGGACAUCCAUCUGGCCAAACGGUGCUACGAUCUGGCGGCGGAGACCAGCACCGAUGCCAAGGUGCCCGUUGCCCUGGCACUGAUGAAGCUGCAGCUGAUCUUCAAACUGGAAGCACUCCGAGAUUCCCCGUUCACCAUUCUGCUGGAUUUGGACGACAACAUCGCCUCCAACUGGGAUCUCUAUCUCAUCACGAUUCUGACGGUGGUGCUCGGGGCAGCACUGUACUUCCGAAGACCGCUUCCCCCGGGAGCGGCCAACUACAAUCAACCAGCAGCAGCCGCCCCUGUGGAAGCGGCAGCACCAGCAGAAGAGGAAGCUCCCCUUUUGGAUCGACCUGCCGCACCCAGCAAUACGAAUCCACGCCAGCAACAGCAGCGCGAAGACGCGCCACAAUGAUCGGAUGAAUAAGUUAGCAAGCGAAGAAUGCUUGAGGUGGAUAUACAUCUUGAUUUUCCUAUACUUUAACCCAUCCAUUUUAGUCUGAUUCCGUGUUUGUUUUAAGAAUCAUCCGUUUUUUUGCGACUUCGGCGAGAAGCGAGUCAAUGCUGUAAAGUUUGGUAAAAUCAGAAAUUUGUUUGCACUUUCGAUUUGCUUUACUCUACUACUGCUUCGACUUUACUUGAAAUGCUUGACGAGUGUGUACAGUUCGGUUCUAUGAAAGGAGUGGGUUGCGUUGAAGUUGGUAUGUUGGUUACACAUUGAGAUGUAGCAGUCAGUAUCUGCUGUGAGAGCGUACGUAGUAGAAGUUUAUGUGAAAUAUACUUAGUGUACGAUACGU